AUGGCGAAGACCCAAGGUCACGGCCGUGUUUUGGAGGCUUUGCUUGCGUCUUCUGAGUCCCCUGUCGCGGCCGCACAGUCGCUGUUAGAUUCAGCCGUAGCAGCGGGGAGGGCAUUCGAUGUGGUUUCUUCUGGCGGCACUCUACACAUGAGUACCGCAUUUGAUCAAUCGUCUGCAUCAGGGAUGAACACUGAGGACGGCGAUGGGUUAGCCUUUCUCGUGUCUCUGUUGGGCUUGGAUGGACAAGGAUCAAAGGGCGAGGAGGGGGUGAGCAGCGCAUCCGAACCAGUCGAUGGGGAAGGCGCGGAAGCGUCGGUAACCGGUAUUGCGGGCCUGGAACCUAGCAAGGCAACUGAAGAGAGGAAGCAUACAAAAUGUGAUGCUGUUGACGAAAUAACUUCAUCCGGCAACGUAGCUUCAAAUGCACUGUCAGGAGUUACGGUGGGCUGUGGUUUCGAACAAGGGGGCGCAAGUGGGGCCAUGGGCAGCGGCAAGGUAUUCACCAGAGGCAUGUCAAUGUUGGCGAACAUGGGUGGGGGGGACUGUAAGGGAGGAAGUGGUAGGGUUGGUGGAGCUGAUUAUGGUGAAAAGAGGUCAAGAGGACAUGAAGGCGUUUCGUCAGAACUAGGCGGUGCCGGAGUCUGUUCUGGUGGGAAGGGCAGGACAUUGGACUGUUUACGUUCGAGUAGAGGGACGCAAGAUGGGGGGUGCGCAGUACAACACCGGAGGCGCAGUGUGGCCCAAAGUAUACCAGGGCGACAGGUUUACGAGAAGAAGGGUUACCUUCCCUUUACAUCCGAAGAAGGUCGUGGUGACGAUGCCGGUCUCCAGGGUACAUCGAACCAUGGCAGCGGCGCCUGGGGGGUUGGUUUUCUACCGAGUAUCUUACUCAAUGACAGCGCUCUUGCUCUACAGACAGCGCUUGUUGCGCUGCUCCAGUUGCAGAAACAAGAUGAGGAAGGAGUGAAACAAGAACCAGUUAUACCGAGGAGGUACGACCAACUGUCAGUCAUGAGAAUAAAAUGGCUGAAGUAG